GUGUGUAGAGAAUUUAGGGGGAAAAGUGGCUGUUGUGAAAGAUUGUGUUAGAAACAUAGACUUUUUAAAGCUACCCUUUCUAAUUAAAGCUUUUUUCGCAACAACCGGGCUGGGAGGGUAACUUUCCUAAACGGGCCCACUCCUCAGCCCGAAGGGGGCACUUCCGGGGCCGAUGAACUCUUGCAGGCUGGGUAGGUACUUAUACUCCCACAAUACUUCAAUGGUUUUACCAUUGAAAGAAAGAUUGAAAGAAAGAUGUGAACUUUUCUGACUUUUCCAUGUAAAAAUAUCAUGCAUUGCGUUUUUUCAGUAUUUAGUUAGAGACUAUAUUUUUUGCAAUAAACGUUUAAAGUAUCUUUCUGCUUUUUCUGCUUUCUUCAUAGCAUUUUUGGCAUGUAUAACAGUAUCAUUUGCAUACAAAAGCAGUAAUAAGUACAGAUAAUGACCAACAUUACUAACAUCGUACUAACUUGCAAAGGUUUGAGUCAAUACCAGUCCCUGAACAUACUGAAAAAGAAAUACUUUUAGGUCAUUUAAAAACAGUGAGAAAAGUACAGGCAACAAGUCCCUGCCACAGUCCAACAUUACAGGUAAAGAAGGAGGAUAAUCCAUGCUGUGUUUUAACACAGGAAUUUGCCUUUUGGUAAAUAUAUUUUAUUUCAUUCAACAUUUUACUACCUAUUCAUUAACUAAUCAGCUUUUCCCACAGUAUAUGCUUGUGUAGAUUGUGAAAGGCCUUCCUAUUAAUUAACUAGCCGCUACCAAAGUACACGACUCGCAACUGCGUUCAACGAGCGCCGCCAACAUUGUAGUACAUGAUCUACAUCACGUUGGUACACCAUUCACAACACUGCCAACUGUCGACACCAAUUAGAGCGAUGUGCAGGUUAUUCGGACGUUGAAAGUCUGUAUUUCUCGAGCUAAAGAAGCAGUUUUUCAGAAACACGAGAAAUGCUGUCUGUCAGCGUCCGAAUAUUCCGUAUUGUCCCUCAUUCUCUCUCACUCUGAUUGGUGUCGGCUGCAGACAAUAUUGGGAAUGGUGCACUAGCGUGACGUAGUACACUGUUACGGCUCUCGUUGAUCGCAUUUGGGAAUCGUAGCGAAUAAUUAAUUAGCAGAUGGGUUUUGGAGGCGGAAAUUUACAGUUUGUUUUAUAUCGCCUAUAUCUACUGAUAUCUCAAAACACGCAAGCUUUCAGGUUGGUCUUUUCUGUGACACACGACAGGUGAAGGACUUGCAAAUAACUUCCGCGUUUGAAGAAAACCUGUUUGCCUAUCCAGAAAUUCACGAACCUUUUUGUCAACAGCAAGUAGCAAACCUGCAUUAACUAAGCUGACUAUAUGUGCCGCAUCUAUACGAACGUUACGAGAUGUAUGCCACGAUGAAUACACUGGUGGAGUACUUAUUCUUUCUCGCACCAUUAAGACUUAGUCAAGCUCUUCAUAAGCCCCCAGGCUACCAUAGCUUCCUUCAUUCCAAGACCGACCAUUGUACUUCUGCGAUGUGACCGUAUCCAUCCCUCGUACUACAUACAAAAUAUCUUAACAAAAAAGCAAAGAUAACAUCCUCGUGUGGCACGGCGGACAGUUACUGGGAAGUGCGAGAGGGUAAAAAGGACAACACAUUCACCUGCACAGGACUGUCUGCAAACGACACCGUGACGUGGAACUUACGGGAGAAUGAACUCUUCCCUAAUGACCCUGACCUUGGUUCCUGCCGUCCUCGUCUAUCAAAUGGAAGUUUUCCUCCUUGUGAAAUGCCAUAUAACCCAUAUUUCAAACCGAGCAGACUUUCAGAUGAUGCAGGAAUAAUGAUUUUUAAUUCAUCAUCAUCUUCAGCGUCGACCUUUUUCGACAGAGGACGAAUAGUCUGCUCAAUUUUGGGGUCAACUAGUGCUGGUUGUCGCUUGGACUACAUAUAUUCGCCUGAAAAUAUUUCUUGCACGGUUGAGUUCAGUAACGAUUUCUGGAGCGUGCUUGGCCAGUGUGACAUCAAAAAAACCAAUUCGUCACAAAAGCGGUACAGGUGCGAGUGGACUCAGACAAAAGAGUCGCCAGAAGAAGUAAUCCUUAUUGCCAACACAUCCAUGCUUGUUGUGCCUCAUGAUGGGAAAUACGUCAGCGGAACUUGCAACCUCACCAGUUAUCUGCCAUCCAACGGUCAGUACACUUACAGUGUGACUGUUGUUCCUGGCGAAGUCAUAGUCAACGCAAAUUUCAUCGGCAGUAAUGAAAUACGUCGCCCUAACGAUAAGACUUUUCACAACUGUCCACAAUAUGUAGCAGAGGGCGGCAACCUUACCUGUACGUGUUCUGUCCGUGACUUGGGCAGCCCACCUGGUGUUUUAUACUGGUAUCCUACUCUAUCAACACAGCUGAAUCUUUCAAAUGUGAGUCGUACAGAUUCUACGAAAUAUAGCUGCCAGCUUCACUGGAACAAUACUCUUGAGCAGUCUGAGAACUACACCGUCAAUGUGGCAUACGGGCCAGAUACUGUGAUACCUAUAAUCAGCCCUCAGCCCUUGGAUACAGACGGAUUUCAGAGUAUAACCCUGAACUGCACAUCUUCACAGUCAAAUCCACCUGCCAGUGUCACCUGGAUCAGAUCACCUGACACAACUGUUUUGUGUAGCAGUCAGCUUUGUGUUUUCACUCCAAAGCCUCCUGAAGAAGAUGGAAUUAUUCUAAACUGUCUGGCGAGAAAUCCUGUCACCAACAGAACUUCUUCAAACAACGUGACAGUAACACUUAAUUAUCCCCCUAAUUCAUCGCCAGUAAUUACAGUAAGUCCAAGUUUCGCGGACAUUGCCUAUGAAGGUGACAACAUUACAGUGAGGUGCACAGUCAGUGGUGGUAAGCCUGUUACUGCCACUGUCAUCACGUUGGCCUGUCCCUACAAGACUGACAUGACACCUGGCAACUCUGACUCAUCCAGCAUCAGCAGCAGCCUGAUGUUUCUGCCAGUGAGGUCUGAGAACCAUGGCCGCUGUGUCUGUAAUGCCAAAUGGAAAAGGUCUGAUUGGUACAACAAGACUGUCAGCUGGAAUCUCACUGUUUACUCCCCUCCAUCUGAACCAGUCAUUUUUCCACUGAAUAACACAGAAGGAAGAAGUUUGUAUCCAUUCAUGGCAGGAACCUCUGGUAUGCUGCGUUGUAACAGCAAUCAGUCGGGUCGACCUGAAGCCACCUUCUCUUGGUCUUUUAAUGCAACUGGUCAGACUUCAGGGGGUAACCUGACUUUCUACAAUCUGUCUAAAGAAGAUAACGGGAGAACAGUGAAGUGCAGGGCCAGCAACGAAUACACAGAGAACAGGCGGCCGGUUGCUGAUGCUACUUUUAUCCUACAGGUUUACUAUAAACCUGUUGUAAGCUUCAGAGAUAUCUCUGAAGAAAAUGACUGUGUGAUGGCAUCUGACUACAAAUAUUGUGUUGUUGCUGAAGGACAGAGAGCUUACAUACAUUGUACUGCUGACAGCAAUCCAGCACCUGCAUCAUUCACUUGGCUUAGCCCAAGCAAAGAUGUUAUCUCUAACAAUAGCGAGCUGGUGAUAACCUCUGCUAAUCACUUGAUCCACCAUGGCGACUACAGCUGUACAGUAGUUACUGAACGAAAUGGAGACAGCCGCCUGCCUCUUAUUUCAUCUGCGACACUGACUGUUAUUGUUGGUUACUCCCCCAGUGUCAUAAGCUUCAGUAUAAACAAUGUGGACAACAUGACUGUGAAUGUUCAAGAGAAAUCACGAGUGGAGAUGAAGUGCCUUAGCAAGGGCAGACCCACUCCCAGCAUUCAGCUCAUUAAUUCUACAGAACCCGAACAGUCACUAAAUGAGACUCAACCUACAGGCAACAUCUCUGUUGACAAAACCACAGAGGAAGUUACUCUCACCAUAGAGGACGUUCAGUGUGAGGCUUCCAGAGUGUAUAGAUGUGAUGUCAACAACAGUCUUGGGCAGGACAAAGUGACUCGAACAUUACUUGUGUCAUGUGCUCCCAGAAGAAUCUACAUUGAAGGAAAGGCUCCAAUUAUCAAUAUUACCAGUGGAAGAGGAGAACUCAUUUUUAGAAUCACUGCAUACCCCAUACCAAUGGUCAAGAAAAUUACCUUUCAUGGCACAAAUGAGACCUCAGAUGGACAGCCUACAAAAGAAAAUACUAUAAAUGUGGAAUGUUCUGCCAGCUCUUUGGCCCCAGCUGCAUUCACCUGCAUUAUCAGAGUUGUUAACUUAACACGCAGUGAUGAAGGAUUUUACAGAAUUCUUCUCAGCAACAACAUUGGGGAGUUGCCUUUUAUGUUCUCUGUUAAAGAAGCUGUGUCAGGAACUGAGGAGAAAGGCGAGGCAAGCACAAUGUCAGACGACAAAAUCACGAUCAUCGUGCUGGCCGUGGCUUUCUCAGUUCUCGCUGUUGUGAUUGUCGUUGUCGUCAUCUGGUCCUGGCGGCGGGGAUGGAUGUUACCAUGCGCUGGUAACAUUUCCCAUCAAAGGCCUUUACAGCAGAACGAGAUAAGGGAUAACACAUCUGAGAAGCGUUUGACUUCAACGACUACGUCAGAAACAUCUUCACUGUAUGACGCAUUAAAAAUGCACGAAGUAGGAAAGAGAUCACACUAUGAAGAGAUACAGCGAUACCAGAACACCCCGGCAAUACCAUCAACCGAAGAUGCAAGCGACUACAGAUGACCACACUUAUGUAAACAAGGGUGGAAUGUUUUCUUAAUAGGUAUCUUUUAUAGCAUAAUAAGCCUGACCAUUGUGGUGCCAGAAACAAAUGAUUGACUGCUUCUUUAAGUCCAUUUAUCAAAACAGUAAUAUGAGAUUUAGAGGAACAACUGACUUGGAGAAAUAUGUUUUCAUAUCUUAGUAAGCAGGCAAAAAUGUCUUUCUUUUGUCUUGUUUGUGUAUGUAAAUAUGUAUAUAUAUAUAUCGGCGUGGGUGUGCACGCUUAAAAACAGCUAAAAAUAAACAGCAAAAAUCUUUGUUUUAAGAUGACCACGACUACAAUGAUGAUAAUCUUCAUGGCGCUAAUGACAGUGAUAAAAUGCAUAUGCUUCUUUAUUGAAAGCUCUAAAUGCUGUGUGAUCACAAGAAGAAAUGGUGGAGGAUGAAAAUCCCCCUAAGGAAAAUAAUCUUUUAUUAACAACAAUCCGUGUACAUAAAAGUAUCUAGUAGCAAAGCGCUUUCCAUUCAUUCAUAUAUUCUUUCAUUCUUAUAUCUUUUUCACAUUUCCCUUUUAUAUUUAUUUUUGUAUUUUUUCUUGCAAAUACUGUCGAGAUGAUGCUUGAUUUCAGCAAUUAAUUUUUGUCAAUAUUUUCAAGGACUUCAAUGAAUAUGUCUGAUAACCAAAGAAUACAAUAAUAAUAAACAUUUGAUUAAUCUCAAA